CCCGAUCGUACACCUAUCAUUACAGGUGCGCCAUCUGUACAAACUACAAUGAGUUUCUUCCAUUCCAAAUCAUUUUUUUCAACAAAAUUUGAUAUUGAAUUAACUGCUGUCAAAGAUUGGGAGUACAGAAUCUCUUCUUGAAUGAUAUCUCUGCCGAUGUAACGAGCAUAAAC